AUGGACUCGCAGCGCGGGGCGGUGGUGGGGGACCCCGACUACAUCGCGGAGGGGGACAAGGUGGUGCUUGUCGUGAACAACGAGAAGCAUUACUUCGAGACGCUCAAGGCGGGGAGGAAGGUGAAGUUGGGAAACAAAACGGCCAUUUUGGAUGUGGUAUUUGGCCACCCAUAUGGCAGCGUGUUUCAGUUAUCAUCGGAGGGAGCAGACCCAACUCGAGUGUACAAGGCCAUGAACACUGGACAGUCAGCUGCUGUGACUGAGGGACGCAGCAACAAAGACUUGGUUGAUGACAACUCUGCCCAACAGUUGACGGCACAAGACAUUCAGUUGAUGAAAGAUUCAGGCAAAGAGGGCCCUGAGAUCAUCGACGCCCUGGUGGCCAAUAGCUCAACAUUCCAGGAGCGGACAGAAUUCUCGCAGGACAAGUAUAAGAAGAAGAAGGCAAAAAAGUACUGCCCCUACUUCACAGUGCUGCGGCCGACAGCAAUGAAUGUGUGUGAGGGUGUCUUUCAGUAUGCUGCUGGGCAGCUGGGGUACCUGAGGCCUGACAUAUUGGCCAUUAUGCUGUGCAUGGGAAACGUUGCAGCGCACAAGAAGGUGCUGGUUGUCGACACCUGUCUGGGAUUGUUGAUAGGGGCAGUCAGCGAGAAGAUGGGCGGAUUUGGGGACAUCUGUGUUGCGGACUGUGGCGGGAGGCGUCAGAAGCCAGAUGCACUGAAGAAGAUGCAACCGCGACAUCAGAACAUAUAUGCAGCGAAGUUGUCAGACCUGAAGGCUGCACAGGAAGGGGUGGAUGUCAAAUGCGCUGGAACGCAGUCUGACCAGCCUCCUGGCAGCUCCCAAGGUGCUGAAGCUGGGCCAUCUUCUGCAGAGGCUGGUGCGGUUGAGAGGUGGAGGGAGGAGAUUAUGCCAGACAAUGAGGGUGAGAUCCCAAUGGAAGAUCGUGUGGAGGAUACACAGUGCUCAACUGCAACAGAAUCGGACAGGUUUGGUUCUCAACCAGAGCAACUGCUGGAAGGCAGCCAACGACGGCCACGAUCACAACAAUUGGUAGCGGGGAUGCAACACGCAGACAGCGCCCAGAUCAACGGCUGGGCCGAGGACGGCUUCGAUUCGUGCCUGGUGGCUGCCCCGCUGCACCACACCUCCUCACUGAUGCAGCAGUUGAUGCCAUUGCUGAAGCCCAGCGCCCCUUUUGCCGCGUCAUCUCCAUAUCUGCACGCCCUCGUUGAGUGCCGCGACGACCUCCUGAGGGGCAGAAUGGCAGCCAUGGUUGAGGUGCAAGAGUCCUUCUGGAGGGAGUACCAGGUGCUACCCGAACGGACGCACCCUCAGAUGGACAGCAAGGGGCCUGGCGCGUACCUGCUUUCUGGCGUGAAGAUCAUCUUUUCCGACCCGCCGCCCGGCAGUGCCCCAAACGGCGCUCGAGCGCACAGGGGAGGCAAAGGGGGUAGAGGCAAGAGGCAGCGCAGAUGA